CCACCAAAGUUCUUGGCACAGUCAAGUGGUUCAAUGUCAGAAAUGGAUAUGGCUUUAUCAACAGAAAUGAUACCAAAGAAGAUGUGUUUGUUCAUCAGACAGCAAUAAAGAAAAACAACCCACGGAAAUAUCUGCGCAGUGUUGGUGAUGGAGAGACUGUAGAAUUUGAUGUGGUCGAGGGAGAGAAGGGUGCAGAAGCAGCUAAUGUCACUGGUCCAGAUGGAGUCCCUGUAGAAGGCAGCCGAUAUGCUGCAGACCGGCGCCGCUAUCGACGUGGCUAUUUUGGCCGGCGCCGUGGACCACCUCGAAGU